ACCAUCCAAGCAAGCAACAAGCACCGUAGUCAUAUUUUAUAAAACAGAUGUCUUCUUACAGCCGUCCUAAAACUGCCACUCCAACCAAAAUUUCAAGACCUUCAACGCAACCAAAUGGCCGGACUUCAAACAUUUCAAAAUCUCAAAUCCGACCAAAAACAGCCUCCAAAAUCCCAACGCUCCGAUCAAAGUCCGUUGGAGGGCAGCCCCUACCCAAACCAGACCCAAACACCAGCGAAGACCCGGUUCCGGACCAUCUGCCGCACCGUUUAGGCCACUUGCCGUCGUUUUUGAGGCGCAGGAAGCUCCACCGAGAGGAGGAACCCCCCGGCAAGCUGCCCCACAUUCGCGAGGAGGAAAGCUGGACCGAAGAGCUGAUGGCACUUCCGAACAUCGAAGACGAGACACCGCCGCCGCUGGUGGGUUCCGGGGAGCUGGACGUGCUCGUGUGUGGCAACUGGGACAGGCAGAGGACGUUCACGUUGUGAAAGAGGUGGACAUUUUAUUUUUAAAUGUAUAUUUUUGAAGAGUUGAUUAGCUGAAAAAUACAUAUUUAAAUAUUUUCUUUCAA